AUGAACAGUAUCCAUCGGCAGAGCGAAGACACUAUACAAGCAAAAUGGUACACACGAGCUGCCUUCUCAUCCCGGACGCAGUCGCUGCCAAAUACUGCGCCAUUGAUUGAUAUUGGAUUGAUGAAAACACAUGGAAAAUGUCUCCCAUUCGACAUCCAAUUCCAACCAAUUCAAGUGGACAACAUGGUAUUCCACUUUCCGCUUCCACCAAGUCCAAAGCCGUCGCUACAAGAGGCUUCCCCGGCGGAUAGUGCUGUGCAUAUGCCUGACCUCUUGACCGAAAUGUCGAACUCGAUAGAAGGCGAAACGAAUAAAAAGACCCAAAGGCGAACAAGAAAAACAGCGUCGACUCAUACAAAAAGAAAAACUACCCAUGUUCGGCCACCGACUCUGGAUCUGCAGCCAUGCGACGCAUCGCUAUCGCCAAACAACAAGACUCCGAUCACACCAGACAUGCGCAGCGUGAAUAACGAGCGCCAACAAGCAUUAAACCAGCUGGAGCACGCCACUCGGCCAGUGCACCCCAAUGACAAUGUGCAGUGGAAGCCCGCGGAUGACAUCAAACGACAACUUGCAGGCACACCAGAGAAUCAGAAACCACUGCCUCUCAAAGUCGGCCGUCCACCAGCCGGUCGUCCAGCGCCACAAAAAGCGAACCGAAAUGAAGAGAUCAACCCCGACUUCCACAAAGCAUCGGAUGCCCUUCGCCGUCGCGCCGCCAGCAUCCGGCGUCGACGACCCGAAGGCGACUCGGACCGGUACUCCAAACAUCGCAAAAUGCUUUCACGACAACAUAGUCUGAACAGCAACAAAGCCCAAAUCCUGUUGGGGAUCCAACAACAACAUCAUCAUCAUCGUCAUCCCGAAAAAUCCCCCAUUGAACAACUCUUCGAUCAAGCCGUUUUAGAAUUCCAACAACACUCUCCCGAAAUCGCGGAAGAGAAAAUCUCCCAACAACGCCCUCCUCCUCCUCUUCCUCCUCUUCCUACUCCUCCUCCAUCGUGCGGCAAGGACAGCGAGCGGUGGGCAAAUCGCAGCCAGAGGAGAGGCGUGUUGGAUGAACAGACGUUUUAUACGCCGGGAAAUGCGUGGUGGCCGACGGCGCAAGUGCACGUCAGUACGAGGAGUCGGGAUGGAAAUUAUCAUUAUCAGAAUCGCAAUAGGGAAGUGAAGAUUGGUUCGGCGGCGUUGGCGAAUCGUUUGGGUUUACCUUUGGGCUCGGGGGCGCAUUUGGGGGAAAUUGGUGGAAGGGAUCGCUGA